GUAAAAUGUGACAGGUUUCCACCUGUAUUGACGCAAAAUCACUCUGGUGAGAGACGAUUUUGAAUUGCCCGUGAGACUCAUGGUUGCUCGUUCAUUCACACAAUAACGCGCUCUAUUUUUUUUCUUACUAUUAAAAGGAAGCUGUCGAGACAGAUAUCGUGAUUUUUUCCAGCUCAGUGUUUGGAUCAAAUGUAAUUGGACUCAUGUGGGCAUGUACGACUGGCACGAAGCCACAAUGAGAUCGGUUCAAUCUGCUGCUGUGAGCUUUUUUACAUUGAAUUUAUGUUUGAUGUGGAUAUUGUUCACUAUAUCGAUAACAACAAUCAAAGCAGGGCUGGAGCGCAGGCCUUCAGAAGACUGUCAGCUGGGUCACUUUCCAUGUGGCAAUAUGAGCAUUUGUCUGCCACAGGUUCUGCACUGCAACGGAAAAAACGACUGUCCCAAUGGAGCUGACGAAGACAAUUGUGGGGAUAACAGUGGCUGGGCAGACCUCUUCGACCAGACAUUCAAAAGGGUUUAUCCACAAGAGCUUUCCACAGAGUGCCAAGUGGAGCAGUAUCCUGAUCGUUGCCAGUGCAUUAACAAUAAGAUCCACUGUGUGCAUGUCAGCUUGAGAUCCGUUCCGCAGGUGUCAGCGAAUGUUACCUUCCUAUCGUUGAAGAGCAACGAGAUUCGCAUGUUACCCGAUAAAGCCUUCAACAAAUACAUAAAACUACAGAGGCUGUUUCUCCAGGAUAAUUGCAUUCUCACUGUUUCCAUUCACGCUUUUAGUGGACUAUAUAAGCUUGAAAAACUAUCUUUGAGCCAGAAUUGCAUCUCCUUGCUUUCACCUGGAGUCUUCAGUGAUCUUCAUAAGCUCAAGUGGUUGAUUUUGGAUGACAAUCCCAUAACAACAAUUACAGCCAACACAUUUACUGGUCUGAGUUCCCUCUUCUUCAUGUCAAUGGUAAAUACCUCUCUAGAACAGCUCCCCCCCGCCAGACUCUGCACCCAUAUGCCCUUACUCAGCUGGCUGGAUUUUGAGGGGAAUCGUAUUACGACAUUGGGCUUGUCAACUUUACUCGCUUGUGAACAUCUUACUGUGCUGUCACUGAGAGCCAAUCUCAUCAAGAGUUUGCCAGAGAAAACCUUCCAAUCCCUGCACAUGAUGGGAGACCUGGAUCUGUCCAGUAACUUGAUAAAGGAACUGCCAAUCAGUAUUUUCAAGGAUUUACCCUCAUUGCAAAUUCUGAAUCUGUCCCACAACCCACUGGACCACAUCCACCCAGGCCAAUUUAACCACCUAAUUCAGCUCCAGUCUCUUGGCCUGGAGGGAGUGGAGAUCCCAAAUAUCCAGACAAGCAUGUUCCGGACCAUGGAUAAUCUCUCCUACAUAUAUUUCAAGAAGUUCCAGUACUGCUCUUACGCCCCACAUGUCCGGAAGUGUAGACCAAACUCAGAUGGUCUCUCAUCUUUUGAGGAUCUGCUUGCUAACGUGGUCCUUCGUGUGUCUGUGUGGGUCAUGGCUUUUAUCACCUGCUUUGGGAACCUCUUUGUUAUCGGGAUGCGGACUGUCCUGCGAGCUGAGAACAACCUGCAUGCCCUCUGCAUCAAGGUUUUGUGCUGUGCAGAUUGCCUGAUGGGGGUCUAUCUGUUUUUUGUGGGGGUCUUUGAUGUGAAGUUCCGUGGCGAGUACAACAAGAACGCUAAGCUGUGGAUGGAGAGCCUGGAGUGUCGUACUAUUGGCUUCCUGGCUAUGCUGUCCUCCGAGGUUUCCGUCAUGCUGCUCACUUACUUGACCAUAGAGAAAUUCCUAGUCAUUGUUUUCCCUUUCAGCCACCUGCGACCAAGCAAGUGCCAAACAUUUGCCGUCUUGACUUCUAUAUGGCUGCUAGGUAUCUCUAUAGCUGCAGUGCCUCUGCUUAAUGAGGACAUGUUUGGGAAUUAUUACGGACACAAUGGAGUGUGUUUCCCUCUUCACUCUGAGCAUCUGGAAAAGCCCAUUGCAAAGGGAUAUUCCACUGGAAUUUUUCUUGGACUUAACCUGGUGGCCUUCCUCAUCAUUGUCGUCUCCUACUCCAGCAUGUUUUACUCCAUCUACAAAACAGGCAUUGAUGCCACAGAGCUGCGUGGACGGCUGCACAGGGAUGUGGCUGUGGCACAUCGCUUUUUCUUCAUCGUGUUCUCUGACGCCCUCUGCUGGAUUCCCAUAUUCCUGGUCAAAAUCCUCUCCCUGCUGGAAGUUAAGAUACCAGGAACAAUCACAUCAUGGGUGGUGAUCUUCAUCCUUCCCAUCAACAGUGCCUUGAAUCCCAUCCUGUACACGCUGACCACCAGUUACUUCAGAGAGCAGGUGGAACUUUUAUGGUGCCAUAGACAGCCAAGACUCAAACAGGACCGCAAGAGCUUCACCAGCUCUGUUAUUUACAUGGAUCCCUUGAGGUCUUCUUACUACCACACACAUACAUCUAUCUUAGUCAUAGAUGCCAGUUAUAGAUGAGGAUAUUCUAUAUUAUGGACAUUGCAUUUGUCUGUAGUGUAUCUACAGAGUUUUCAGAGAGCCGGAGCACUUAAAGACGAUGUCCUGGUAGAGCCUCUUUGCUGGUGAUCCUAAUCACAGAAUCAUGGACUGACUGUAAUCAGAUGCCAUAUUAAAGACAUACAGUAGAUCAAAUAUCUACAUGUUAUGGUUGGACAAGAAUGAUAAAACAAAGUGCAAGAU